AUGUUUCCAUACGACGUUCUGAUAGUUGCUUUGGAAGAAUACCAUAUUAAUCAUUGUUUUUUCAGACAGCGUGCUCACGUGCAGUACCCAACGCUGAUUGGCCUCACCGUUCCUAUCACAAUGUCGGGCAGUCGGAAAGCGGCUACGUGUAAUUUAGUACACUCUGACGAAAUUUGGAAAGACCACGUUCAUCGAGAGGCAAGCUGUAGUCGAGAAUGGCCUAAAAAGUGGGGAUUUCUGUCCGAUGAAUACAGCAAGCUAAGCUCUCAAUUGGCAUCGUUUCAAGAGGCAGCUGGCCGCCUCUCAAAGUGUUCAAUCAGUCGUAAUGCAACGACAGAAGCAGUUCGUCUUCCUCAAAUUUCAACGAGUAGGCGGUUGACGGGUGUGUCGCAGCGUUGUAACACUUUUCCAUUGACAACGCAGAGAGAGAUCGGAUGGAAGAACGCUACCAGACUUGAAAUGUACGGUCACCAUGCCAGGGGAAAACUGAGUAUUGAGAAACACUUGAAAUGGCCGGUAGACGGAUUGGCCUAAUUCUAAUUAAUUAAUUAAUUAAUUAUAAGUAGCUAAAACUAAAGCUACUUUAGUCUACCUAAUGUAGACAAUAAUCAGGUACACUGACUUGUGCUAUAAUUUAAUUGAUUAGUUAUGAUUCUAUGUUUCAAGGUUUUUUUCUUGCAAUUUAGAUACAAAUUUUUGAAAGGUG